UGUCACUGAAAAAGUUAUGCGCCCGGCGUGGUAAAGGUUGAAAGUUGAAGUUCCAAUGGCUACACCUCUCCGGUUACUCUGCUCUUACUCUUACUUUUCAAUCGGUUUGCACGGUAUCGCAAAACGAAAUUCCCGAGUAACUGUACCUGUAUUCAGAAUUGGAAGCGGUAAUAAAUUUUCCUCUGAGGCAUUUAAUCAAACAGUUUCGUUACACUCUCGGACUCGGAACCAGUACCAUGCUCCUUUCGACUUCGACUUCGACUUCGACUUCGACUUCAACUUCAACUUCAACUUGGACGACCCAUCACCACCAGAGUUUCUGGAAUUGCUAAAAAAAGUUGCCCAUUCGUCAUCGCAAGCAGAGGGUCUCCACUCAUCAAGUUUCCAAGCAAACAGGGAUUUGAUAUGUUCCGCUAUCUGGGCAUUGAGGGAGGAAUGGAAACCUGCAUUGCUCGCCUUCAAAUGGAAUUGCCAUUAUAACGACGAGAAAGUUUGCAACUUGAUGGUAUGGGUCUCGGCAACUCAUGGAAAGUUUUCCCCUGCUUGGUGUAUCAUUCGAGAUAUGCAUCAUUCGUCUCUCUCCACGCAUCAGGCUAUGCUUAUUAUGAUUGAUAGAUAUGCAUCUGUAAACAACACAUCCAAGGCUAUUCAAACAUUCAACUUUAUGGACACGUUCAGAUUGACUCCUGAUCAAGAAGCAUUUCAUGCACUUUUGGCUGCUCUUUGUAAAUAUGGAAACGUUGAAGAGGCCGAAGAGUUUAUGCUAGUGAAUAAGAAGCUCUUCCCACUUGAGACUAAGAGCUUUAACAUUAUUCUUAAUGGAUGGUGUAACAUAACAAGGGAUGUAUAUGAAGCAAAAAGAGUUUGGAGAGAAAUGUCAAAAUACUGUAUAACACCCGAUGGUACUUCGUAUAGCUACAUGAUUUCCUGCUUCUCAAAGGAAGGGAACCUCUUUGACUCUCUUAGACUCUAUGAUCAGAUGAAGAAAAGGGGAUGGACCCCUGGAAUAGAGAUAUACAAUUCAUUGGUAUAUGUUUUAACUCAUGCCAAUUGCUUGAAGGAAGCUCUUAGGACUAUAGAUAAGUUGAAAGAACAACGUUUGCAGCCUGAUUCUUCCACCUUCAAUUCCAUGAUACUCCCUCUUUGUGAAACUGGAAAACUAGCGGAGGCAAGGGUAGUUUUUAACACAAUGGUAGAAGAGAAUGUAUGUCCAACAACUGAAACCUACCAUGCAUUUUUUGAGGGAACAGAUUAUCAAGGAUCAUUGGAAUUUCUGAGUAGGAUGAAAGAUUCUGGUCUGGGUCCAAAUAAGGAUUCAUUUCUCAUAAUUCUGACAAAAUUCUUAAAUUUGAAACAACCAGUAAAUGCACUGAAAAUUUGGACUGAAAUGAAGGCAUAUGAUUUGGUCCCUAGUUGUGUGCAUUACAAAGUAAUGGUUGAAGGGCUUGUAAAUUGUAGGUGGUUCAUAAAGGCCAGAUAUUUUUAUGAGGAGAUGAUUUCAAAUGGAUGUUCAGCAGAUCCAAAGCUUAAUAAGCUCUUCCAGAAAGAAGUACUAAGUUAGUGGUGAUAAAGGAAAACAGAAUGUUAAAAAUGCUAUUAAUAGUAAAAGUGUGAAAUAUUCUAUAAAAUGAUUAUUAGAGGAAGCAGAAAAAUUAUUAAGACCAGUGGAGGACAUUCUGUAACUUGUAAUUGAGAAGCAGAUGUUCCCCAUAUUUGCCAUUCCACAUUCUGCCACAGUGCAUACUUUAUUAGCACUUACUGCUAAUAUUGUUAACUGUGGCACGAUAUCUUGCGAAGUUCCAUGUCAUAGUCCUUAUAGUUCACGCAGUCUGGCUGUUGCCCCUUGAUCUCCUACCAAGUUUUGAAACUUUGUUACGGGAGCAGCAGAUGUACUGAGGACUUGGGAAAUAUUGAGCGAACCAAUUAUUAUCUGAUCAUAAGUAAAUGCUUGAUGAUUUUGCUUGCAGCUGCAUGUUCCAAUCCUCAUACAUCUUUGUUAUGAUCGUCAUGGUUCAUAAUACAAAGUCAUACAAAACUCAUAUUUUGGUUGUCUUCGUGGGUGUUCUCCAUUGAUUACAGAAGACCAGAAGACUGGACCCUUUCGAAUCAUUGCUUUCUACUUUAUUCAUCCUAAGUUAUUCUUUGGUGAAGUUGGCAUAUCUGAGUGCCUUAUAUUUUUUAGCCUUUUAUGGAGGUUCAUGCUUCAAAAUAUGAAUCUGUAAGGUUGAUGAUAUAACCGGCAAGUGCCCACUCUCAACUUGUACAUACUAUUUUCCUUAGCAUUGUCGAGAGCUCAGUUCUUUAGCAUGCCAUUCUAAAGUCUUCCAUUAUGAAUACCAUUGAUGAUACUCGUCUUGAUGUAUUUUUUGCUAGACCAUUUGCAUCUCUUUUAAGUAUGUUUUAGUGUUGAACUCUUAGUUUUUGAUUCAAAUUCGGUUUAGAGUAAGAUAGUUGCAGUCUUUACUAAGUGUCAUUAGAUUAGCCUUUGUUAUGAUAUUUCAGUUUAGUUCUUUAAUUAGAUAGACUUUUGUGUCUAAGUAGUAAUAUAGCUUAAGUUUACAUUCAAUAUAGUCUUGUUCUUAGAAGCAUUAAUUGUAUAUUACAUUUAGAUAUAGUUUGUUAAUAAUUAUGCAAGAUGAAGGUAUUAAUUUGGUGCUGAUUUUAAAGAUGUACAGUUCACUUGAGAGAGUAUUUUGGCUUAAACAUGAGUUGGCUAAGAUGAUUGAAAGAAUUGGAAGAAAAUGCAGCUGCUGUGAAGACUUGUAAGUCUGCUGCCACACUGGAUGAGUUAACUUGCUUCCAUGUUGGUGCUUAGCUGAGCAUGUUGCCACGUUGGAAUAAAUGAAUGAAAUGCUGUCCAGCUGAAAUUGAAUAAGUGGCUGACCUGGACAUUGAACAGCUGGCAAAUUUGAAAAGCUGGUUGACUUGCAGUAACCAGUGACACUUGGCAUAGCUGACUUUUGGAGACCUGCCGCCGAGAGAAGUGGGAGCAAAAGCACACUGUCAUGACGGAAUGCGCCAAAGGCUGACAUGGCAGAGGCAAUGUUUUACGUAGAUACAAGAGACAUUACAUUAUAAAAUUGUAGAGGUAGUUUACAUAGGAUUUCUUUUGCUGUUUUUAGUUUAGUUUUGAGUACUUCGUUCUAUUUUAGUGUUAUG